AUGCGCUACAGCAAUUGGGAUGUAAUUUUGUUUCCCAGAGACUCGCCUGUUCCGAUUCAGGAGUUCAAGACUGCAUGUUACACCUCUGAGAGCGAAUGUGUGUGGACUGCCCAACCUCUGCCGACCCUCGCGUGUUACAUCGCUUCUCAACCUCCGUCCACACCGUUUCGGAUCUCUGUCCAUUCAUGGAUAGCCCCAGUCAAACCCUCACCAGCAAUCGAGUCAUGUCGGAAGCCGAACGAACGAGUGGUAUUUACAGCCCAAGUCUUGGUGGAUGGCUCUAGGGUAUAUCAUGGUUACUACGAAAUCGAGACCCAGUGGCCAAAAGAGAUAGUGAACGCAAAACCAGCGAUCAGGGACCCGAAUACAACUAGCCAGCAUGGAUCGUUCCUGGAGUUUCCACCAUUCCGUUUUGGCGUUCUAGGGCAAUAUUCGUGGAAUGCUCGAGAGAACGCGGGUCGCAUCAAGUUUAUCUUGUCGGAGCAGCUCGUUCGGAACCGCGGUCCUGACCUUGAGCUUGGUGCUUCGAAUCACGUUGUAUGCUUCACUUUUCAACAUGCCCCACGCGGUAUCCUCGAGCAAGCGGGCAUCGCGUGGCCGAUUCUCAAUCCGCUGUUUCUACCCUUAUCUCAAAGGCCUGAGUGGCCACCAAGCUCACAUCAUUUCGUGUCCAAAUCUCGUGACUUCUCUGCUGAGCCUACAUUUAUCGGUGUCCGUAACGGUGAACCACACACGCGCUCUCGAACCGGUCCGCCUCCCAGAUCAUCUCAGUGGCCAAGACCAUCCGAGAAGGAUUUCGGCAUGGGUACCUGGGAUGCCUGCUUCGCCGGCACGUAUGAAUUCGCUCCUUACUCCAAGCCUUCGGAUCCCUGGGCUGCAGCACCUUUCCAAUCAAAGGAAAUGAAUGAGACUCUUCGGAAGCACCCGAGUCAAGUGCUUGUUAGUUUUAGAGACGACCAACUAGAUCAAAUCAUCGAAGCCGUAAGCCCUUCCAAAAAGCAACACAGGCGAAGCUCUCUGAUAUCUGGUACGACCUUGGCAUCUAAGAUGCAAACCUAUGCUACCCGGUCUUCUGCGGCGGCUCUUUCGAGAAAAUCUUCCUACCAAGGACAGAAUCCAAAGACUGAUAACAAACUACCAACCGGACCUCCACAAGAGCCUCGGAUCCACGAUCCAUAUCAAGAUUCAAAUGAGAUAUUUACCUCUCUCUCGUUCAUGCCUCGACCAGAUAGGAAGGACUCUGAUGUCUCGAUGCGAGAUCCGUCCUCGAUAUUCUCACCGGUGCCGGUAGGAGAACGGAGUAGCCCGGCACAGCUUCCUUCUGCCCAAGGUAAUAUUCAGUCCCGGAAAGAAGGACAUUCUGGAGUUCCACCUACUUUGGAUGCGGGACAGUUACGCAGUUUGCUACCUGACACGGAUCUACCGAAGAGCAGCGAGCAACAUUUCAAAGGUAACUGCAUCAACGCCAACGGUGCACGUGAAGAGCGUGAUUUUGUGCCCGGCCACAAGGGCAUGUCAAGUGUCGAUAGCACUGUGCGUUUGGAGAGACAGCUGUUCAGUGCUUUGGGAGAAGAGCUCUCUGGGUUCAACGAGGAGGUGAUGGAAGACACGCGAGUGAUGCCCCUGGCGGAUGACUUCAGCACCCCGGCGAGUAAGCGCAAGAGGCAGGGUACGACUGAUGAUCGGGAUGGCAGUCCUCUUUGCAAGGUCGCAAGGGAGGACGACCGAGGAGUUUCUCACUCACGAGGAGAGAUUUGA